AUGACGGUUAUACAAGCGGAAUCCAGCCGUCAGGCCGACUGGGCGUCCGCUGUGCUGCAAAUGCUGCAAAAUAGUGCUUUAAUGUCUGGGACGCCAAUCCCAGGCGCUGAUGCAGCGCAACGAUCAGGGCCAAGCUCAGUCGCUUCUAAGACCUCCCGACGACAAGCCCCCACCGUCGGAGACCCACGCCAAACCCACACCAGUGUUAGCCUGCAGAGGUCGUCAACUACCAAGGCUGCAGCGGCACGCACCCUCAAUAACUCGAGCAGCGAAGAUGACGAAACAGGCACGGCUCUGACAUCGUUCCAGGCAUCCUCGGAAUUUAAGCCUCAAGCCCCGCGAAGCAGUGAAGCCCAUGGCUCGCGAUCGUCUCGCCUACACACUGCCAGCAGCUCAGGUCUUAGUGCAGCCGCUGCAGCCGUUACUGACUCGAACCACGCUUCAUCAAAUCGAGUGACAAGCAGCGCCGGCCGCGCUCCAACGGGAAGUGUUCCUAUCGGCGGUAGUGGGGGCUUCACAGCCGCUGCGGCUGCUGCGUUCGAGAGCCUUAAUGCCACUGCAUCCCGUCAACAACACCGUGGCUCACGACUGCGCCGUGCCUCUGGCAACGAGUCUGUGGCAAGCGAGGUCAGCCAUCCAGAGAGCGUCACGUCCUCCAAGCAUACGCUGGGAUCGUCCAAGCUCAGUGCGACGGUGCAGCGGGUCGUUGCACGACAGCGCUUACUGGAUAGCAGCAGUGGGGAGGAGGACAAUGCUACCGUGCCGGAGGACAAGCAGGUUGACUCUGAUGUGGGUCAGGCGGCAAGGCUCCUAGCGCGCUUCAAGUCGCUGUCAUCGUCGGGCUCAGCGUCUGUCUUUCCAUCGGGAGGUAACCUACAGUCAUCUGACGGCAUCGUGGUGAAUGGCCGGAAGUCCCCAGCAGCAAAGAUUAUAGUGGGCAAGGGCGCUGGAAGCGACGCCUCUGGCUCUGCGCCUGCCGGACGCCCAUCACUUGCUCCAUGUUCAGGUCGCACACGACUACAGCCAGCAGAUUCUCAAACCUCCGAGGUCAACGCUUUUACUUUUGGAACAAAGGGUGGCAGUAGUGUCGUCAGCGAUGGCAUCUCUCCACGCAUGCGCCAGGCAGCUGCCGCCGCAACGGCGGAGGUCUCGGCUGCUGCGGCUUCCAGCUUGCGGCCUUUGCCGUUAACUACCAUUUUUCCAGCUCACCUGACUUCGCCGGAUCGUUCUAGAACUGCGCCUCAGCUUAGUUCACCAGAACUUCAGCGUGCACCUUCUAUGGCUAGCGCCGAUGGGGAGGCGGGCUUCUCGGCUGCCGCCGGAGCUGUUGCGCGGCAAGCCGUGGCGGUUGCGCACCCUGCCCACGUAAGCAGUUCGCAGCGGAUUACAACGUGGCUUGAGCAGCAGCCCUCGCUAUCUUCUGUGGGCAUAGCCGACGAUAUUGUCAGUGAAUAUGCUACAACGUUGACGGGCACAGAAAUAGACCUGGAUACUGUAGCUGCUGGUAUCAAGGCUUCCGCACGUGCUGCUGCGACAGUUAUGCAGGUUGCCGUAAGGGGCGACGUGAAGUCGUUAGGCAGAGCUGACUGCCCGAAAGGGGUAUCAUCACGUUCACGGGAGAUUCGUUUGACCAUUUCGUCCGACGAUGAAGAAGAAGCCGAUCACAACGGCAUUGACCAUGUCCGCAAAGAAUCUGCGGGUGAACCGAAACGUUGUGUGUCACAGAAGAAGAUUUCCGGGGGCUUACAAGUCGCCGGCAAAACCCAGCUUGCGGAGGAUGGUGCCGGUCGCCUGUCGGCAGGUGCUGCCAACAUUCAAGUUGCGCUUACCGCCGCUGCCGUGGUCCCUCCAGCAGCACGACGCCUCGAAUUCGGUGAUUCCGAGGCCGCGCGGGCUGCAGCACCGCAUAUACCGAAAGACCUCGCUCCCAGUUACUCCUCGCCGUCGUUGCGUCUAUCUGAGGGGCAAUCGCCGGGCAAGCCGAUGCCACCAUCACCUUCAGAAGUGCCUAAAAACACCGACAUCGUCGAGGACAAGGGUGCCGCCCGGAAGACGGCGAGUUCCGCCUCAGUUGAAGUAGAUGUGCAUGCAGCAGCUAGUAGCAGGCAGCGCCUGGCCGCUAAGUCGAGCUUGAGCCCGAGGCAGCCGAAGGCCGGCAGCACGGAUGGGCAACGAACUAAGGAAAACUCAUCAUCCCCAGAAUCCGGUGCCCUUGCGAGGCCUAGCCGUGGGGGCCAGAAGAGCAAGGCAUCCGCGAUGGCGACAGCUGGCCGCCUGACUCCCAAUGAAUUGCGCGUCAUGCUGUCUGUCCUGUCCAGGCCUCCUUGGGCUGGUGCCCCAGCUCACGCAGUUACAAGCGCGCUCAGCCCUCAGCCCUCGCAUUCGGGCGACUCGUUGCAGUCGUUUAGCUACUCCGAGAUGCUACAGGUCAUGCGUGCCAUGUCAUCUUCCGGCGGCGGCGAAAAUCAGCGGGACGGCAGUUCCCGGGAUGGCAGCAUAUCCAGCAGCACGCACAAAGGCAGCCGCAAGGACAGCGCGUCUGGCCGGCCUCGGUCGUCUAAGAAUCCUCUGUCUCAGCAGCUGCAUCACCAGCAGCUGUUGCGUUCCGCGCGUGACCUUCCCUCCCAUCACACGUGCUUGGAGGUGAAGGGCUCGCAAUUUUCACAGUCAGUCGACGGCGGCAGCAACAGCAGCCUCCUUGGAGAGCACCCGAUGGCGGCGCCCAUGGAACGCGAGUGGUCGGCAUCUGCAUCCACCGUAUCUGACCGUGGUUCCGAGGAGCUGCAGCAGCGUAACUUCGCGGAUAUGGCCCAGCUGUGGAACUUGCUUAUUGGCCGUAAUCUUACUCCGGAGUCCCUGGAUUCAAUCGGCCUGCAUCUUAUUCCAGACGGCGCAGCCACGCCUGGUUCCGAAAGGCGCAGCCCGGCCAGGGUCGUCAGCGGCGCCGGUGGAAGCGUGACACAUCCGUCUGCAGCCGUCCUGGCAGCCUCAGCGGCCGCCAUGGCCACCACAGCCGUCAUGGCAGCUGCUGGAGGCGCGCCGCAUCGCAACGCCUACCUCCAUGCAAUUAACUUUAACCCCUUCACAGACGCCUUCACAGCCGCCAGCGCGGCAAAUCAGCUUUCGCAUGCUCCACAGCAGCAGCAGGGCACGGGAUCGCCAUCAGCGGCUCAUGGCAGCAAGGGGCGUCGUGCACCGCCGGCACCUAGUCGGUCGUCAACCCGUUCUCAAGGCUCCGCAGCUACAGCCCCGCGCGAGACCUCUCCCGCUCAAGCACGGAGCCCGCGCUCAAAGAGCACCGGCGUUAACUCAAUUAAUUGGCACGAACAACAGCAGGAUGUUCAAGCGGACCUUGCACGUCUAUUGCGGGUUCUCACCGCCGCAGGUGACGGCGAGGUUUUGCCGCCGGAUGUAUCGGACGCCACGAAGGCCGAGCUUAGCCGUCUCAUGCAAGUGCUGCGUAACGACACGGUGGCUACGAAAGGCCCGGACAGCAGCCCAUCGCGCAGGGUGGCUGCCGUAACGGCAGCACCGUUGUCAUGCCCCGUGAAGGAGCAUCAGGCGGAGGCGCCGGCAACGGCAGCAGCGGUUCCUGCUGUUCCAGUCGCCGCUAACAGCACUAAGGCGGAGAGCCCCCGGGUGCGUGCACCCUCAUCGCGCCGCAGCUCAGCGGACACCGUUGAGACUGGCCUGGCGCUUGGGCGACUAUACCAGUCGUUAAGGAAUCUGCGCGUCCGCGAUGAGGGCGAUCAGACGGAAGGCACGGAGCGCCCCAUCGCACAGCUGACAUCGGGUUGCGUCCAGACUGACUUAUCGGAUCUACAGGCAUCUGCAGGGCGUGCGGCCGGCGAGGACUGCACGCUUGGCACGGGCUCAAAGCGCAGCCUUGGGGCUGCAGGGCUCCCACUGCAGACCGAUACGCCACCCAAUGACAUAUCUGCACUUGUCAAGGUUUCCGUGAACGCGGGAACGACAGGAAUAAAUAACGGUGCGCUUGGUGAGCAGUUCCAGAGCGUGCUUGGCAUGCCGGGCGGUUGUCGGAACGCGACGGCACAGGCACCGACCGUUAUUGACGCCGUGACCGGGAAGGAAGUUCGCGUGCUUAAAAUGCCCGACGGUCAGCUGGUGGAAAUCGACACGGUGCUCGUACAGAAAUCGGACGGCGCAACGCUGACUGAGACCGUGGGUGACAUUAUCGGAAGCGGUGGUCGGUGGUUGCAGGCUAACCUGGUUGUGCUGGACCCGUCUGCGGAACAAGAUGUUGCGUCCACCCUUCGCUACAUGUCCGACGGUACGGCCCAUACUGGCGCCCCUCCCAGCCUCGAAUCUGACUCUGUGGCUGGGCUGGGCACCUCUGUCACUGUUGGGCCCGCCAUCGUCUCUGCUGGCGCCACCAUCACACACUUGAAACAACCAAAUCACCAAAAGUCUGAGGACACAUCGGCAGACUUCCCAUUGCGCAAUCUGCCUAUCGCUUCGGAGGGCGGCAUUAUGGCGGCGCCCAACCAGGAAGCGGUCACAGCAGGCCGCGUGGGAUCUGCGGGUGGAAUGCUGGCAUACCUUGAAGCCGCUGACCCCACUACAGCAACCGCGCUACUGGAACUCGUCCAGGCAUUGCAGCUUAUGACGCUUCAUUCUCGCCGGCGAAGGUGGAUUUCGGAUGGCAGCAGCACGGCCAGUGGAGCUUACUUGGUGGAUCCUCUGCCGCGGCACGACAGCACAGGUGGCAGCAGUGGCGGCGCGACUACGCUGCGGUACAGCUUCGGCACAUCUAUCGGCCCAUCGGUGUCGCAGGCGGGCAAUGGAUCGCUUGUUGAUUUACCGAACGCCACUGGUCAUGCUGUUGAGGGGCCGGCCGUUUCGCUGCCCACCAAGUCAGCUUCUACCGGCGGGGUGGGCAACGGUGUUGCCGUACAGUCGCCUCAACCGAAGCGCCAGACCCACAACGCAGGCCUGCCGCCCCGGCCGGUGCAGAUUGACUCAGAGCCUACUGCUAAGCACCUGCGGCGUGCCCUGCGUGCCGUCUCAGGCGGUGGAACCAUGCGACUGACACCCACCGAUGACCAUGACUUAAUGAUUGGCGGUAUUGGCGUUGCAAACGUUCCCGGCGGGACAGUCACACCAGUAACUGUGGCGGAGGCUGCGAAGUUGCACAUUGCCCGCGCGUUAGAGCUUCUAUCGCAGCCUCCUUUCCCUAGCGCCGACACGGCCCCAGAUGCAUGUUCUGCUGCCAGGGCGGCAACUGCUGAUGUGGAGCUCCGUGCGCAAGAGGAGCUAGUGGCGGCGCUAUUGGCGCUGCUGGCACCCGGAAACUUCGCGACGCAGAAUGACGAAAACAAAAUCAAGGCGUCCAUGGACGAGCUGACGGCGGCUCCAGUGACAGCAGCAGAUAUUACUGGCCUAGAGAAGCCGCAAAAGCAGGGGCAGCUUGCAUUGCAGGCCGCCCGGGAGCACGCCGUCAGCGCGAGAGAAGUUGCUGUUCCUGCAGUAGCAGUGGCCACCAGUGAGAUGUCGCCUGUCAAGUUGCCUGUGCCAGCAGAGGCCAUCAAGCCGAUUUCGCCGCUGCAUGCCCGCAUCCAAGAGGUUCUUCAGCAGGCAGAGCGCGCAUCGGCGGGUAUCAGCAGCCUGCAGGUAGGCCUGUCACCAACAUCGCCGCCUGCUGCAGACGUGCUCGAAGGUGUACCCUUCGAGCAGGCCAUCGGCUUCAUAAUGGACGGUUUGCGCGACUUCGAUGGGGGCCCCUCACAUCUGGCUCGACACCUGCACCUGAUGUACUCGCCUUCGAGUGGCGGAUGCUUAUUCUUCCCUACGGCGCUUGAUUCGCUGGCCAGCCGCCGGCAGACGGCCGUAGCGCUAGGCGCCGCGGCGGUGCUGGAGGCGGUGGCUGAGUCAGUAUCGGGCGAUGUGGUGACGACGGCGGCUUCGGAGGCAGGCAGUGAGGACCAUCAGUCGUUGACGGACGCUGAGCGGGAGCGCAUGCAGGCGUUGGUUUCAGAGGCCGUAGCGGCUGCAGAGGCACUCGCACGGAACGCGCAACGGGAAGAAGCCUGGAACUUGGAACGCCUGGGACUACUGGUCGACGAGGUGCGCGCGGAUGGGCAGCAUUCUGAGGUGGCGCAUGAAGAGCGGCAGCAGCAGAUAUUUGCAGCCCCUGAGGCUCAGGAAACGCCGCCCUCACCCUCAGCACUGUUGCAGCCAAGCAGUUGCCAAAACCUCCAGGCUGUCCACACCCCGUGCGGCAUCGGCCAAUCUCGUUCUGUCCCUUCGGGCUUGAUCAACUCGGCUGCUGCGCCAUCGGAACAAGCGCAGUGUCAGUCGUCGCAGCCUGCCUCGCAGGACACCGUCGUUACAACAACUAAGGCACCUGUCUCACCCCGCCGCCUUAUUCAGCAGGUCGCCGAUCUCGGAGCCGGCGCUAUGGCCAGCCUACUCCCUGGCAUGGACCCGGUUAUGAGGCCCAACGCAAGCAGCACACAGCGCUCCGCGCCUGUGACCACUGCUGGUGUCGUGUCAUCCGUGGAUGACGCUAGCGGCGCCGGAGGCCAAAAUAGCGCACAUUCCAACCUCCCUGGUGUGCCACAGACCUUUGGGGGUGCUAUGGAUUUACCUGCGGACAGCGCUUUGGGACCCGUUCUGCCGCGCAGCACGCCAUAUCUCCCGUGCGGUGAUCUGGACGAGCAGCUGCGCCCUAUCCUGAAAGGCAUGGCGGGCAUUUCACAACAGGCACCGCGGUCUUCGUGCGCCCCGGCGGGGGCAUUGCAGGGUGGAUAUCCUUUGCUGCUGCAACAGCAAGUUCAGGCUCAGCCAGCCGCUGAGGCGUCCAACGGCACGCGCCUGCCGACCUUCGCCACACCUUCGGCACCUGCUGUUCGUGGAGUAGCGACUUGCUCGCAGCCCACCUCAACUAGCGGCACUGUUCACACUGAUCCCGCUGCUUUGGCCGUGGAUCCCCGCGCUGCAAGUAUGUACGAUGGCACGACAAUCUCAAAGCCGGUUGCGAUGGUAGGCGCCGAGGCUGCCAUUGAGGAUGAGGAGGUACUGGAGAAGGAUGAGAUGUGUGAGGACGGCUGGGAGUCUGACAUGGCAGACGCAGCGCGGAUCUGCUCUCCCGAGUCUAAUGAUUCGGAGUUGGCAUCGCUCGAUGCUAGUCGUCAGUCCACGGCGCAGCAGCUGCAGCAGCAGUUUGCAAACAUUCCAGCCGGAGUCGCCAGCGUUUUGGCCGAGUCGCACACGAAGGCAGUGACCGCCGAAGCCGCCAACCCCCAGCCGUCCCCCCAUGUGACCACAGGGGCGUCAACAGGCGGGGCCGACCCGGAGGUUCCGGCGUUAACGGCACGCGACCGGUUCAAUUCUCCGAGGCCUUCUUAUAGCCCCUCACCGAACCUGCCAACUGUGGGAACCGCAAGUUGCAGCCUCAGCAUGGCGCAAAUGACGGCUGUAAGCCGCACUGACGCUGUCUCAGGCGCAAGCGUGGAGGCCUUGCCACAGCAAACGUCGUCUCAGUCGUUCAGUGACGCUAAUGGCAGCUUUACGGCUGUCCGCCUGGCACGCGAUGUGCUCAGCGGCCAGCGCACCGCACCUGGGUGUGGACCCACCAAGGGCGAUCAACCGUUUCCGCAGACGGCUGAGACCUCUCUCGCGGCUUCGACCAGCGGGGAGGACCAGGAUGGGAGGGAGGCGACGGGGAUGCUGGACGAGAACCGUGCGCGCCGUGAGCUGUUUUCUGCCACGUUCGAGGGAUUCGAGCAAACGCCUAUUGGCGAGAACGCAGCUGCUUCGGGCCCAAGUGAGGAGACAGAGCGGUUGUUGACACAAGCCGCGCAGCUUCUGCUGCAAUCCAUGCAGCGCGCUGCCGAGGGCCAGCCGGAACAGGAGGCUGCUUUUCGUAUCUUGGCGCCUGUCUUGCAGGGUCUAGCAGCUGCAGGGGAUAAACCUUUUCCGCAGUUGGACAACUCUUGCCAGGAGGCUGGUCGGGCGGUAGCUGAGCCUGCCACCACCAGCCACGAAGAGACCUGCUCAUUUCCGUUAGAGCUUGGCGAGGCGCCGGCCACGCUGCGUCGUGACCAGCAGGCGCAGCAGCUGCAGCAGGCCGCGGCUGACCCUGCUACAGAUUAUCAUCCCCAGGAGGAACACCAGUAUUUGGCCACCGCAGCGGACCUCGAAAGCUUCAAGGAAGACGUCAUGGCGAGCGUCCGCUCGGCGCUGGUAGAGAUUGUGGACAUGAUUGGUUCUACCGUUGUGCAGCGGGCCGGGGCAGCACCAGUGAACCCCUCCGCCUCCGGUGGCCCAGGGCAAAGGGCUCUCGUCCAGCUCACAGGUUCCGGUAGCGAGUAUGCUUGGAGUUCGGCUGAUGCGGACCAUCCACCGGCACCGACGGAUGUCAGCAUGAGCCCAGAGCGCUCUGCUUCGCCGAAUUUGGGCUCGGAGCAGCAGGAGAUUCGGAUUACGCGAGCAGAGUUGGAGGCGUUUAUGUUUGGCAAGGCAGUGCUGGGCAGAAGUGCUGCGGAUGACCUUCUGGGCAUGCGGCUACGGGACUUGUAUGCGCCGCAGCUACCACAGAGACAGGAUAAGAGUGACGAAAUGGCAGGCAUUUACGACUUCACCAGCACGGAACCUACGCCCCUCCUAUCACCAGUCCAUCGCCGCGGGUCAUCACCUUCGAGGUUCGGCGGAGCCCUGGAUGCGGGCGAACAGGGCAAGAGGUUGGAGCCAGUCAGUAGUAGCCCGACAGCAGUGCCCCGGGACUCGCCGCUUCGGCAGCCCCUGGCGGACAGCGCCGGUUUCAAGUCUCUGUUUCGCAGGUCAAUUGAACAUCUCCGCGAUCAUCUGCAGCCCGGUCAUUCGGAUGCACACCGCAGCCCUGCCGUAACAGGUGCUUCAAACGCCCAUGGCGUCUCCCAAAGGAUUGUCGAAUCAAAUGGCAUCUCCACGCCCGCUGAGGAGCUGUGUUUCCCGUCAAGGUUUCCCGUGGUGCCACCGAUUCCUCGCGCGCCUGCCCCGCGGCAAGACGUAGCUGUGGCAAGCGCAUGUGCUGGGGCCACUGCUGAACGGGCGCUACCCGACACCUUGGAGGUGACGCUUAGCCCGGCUGGUGUGUCGCCGCAGCUGGCACAACAAAUGGCAGCAGCAGCGACCACUGCGGCUGCAGGACCGAGCCACGCAGCUAUGUUGAUUUCUCGCUCUGUGACCAUCGCAAACGAUGAUGAUGUGGAGCUGGAACCGCAUCUUUCAGGCGGGAUGCGACCGGAGCCUACUACUGACCUUGCCCGCUGGCCCGACCCUGCUGCGCCGGCCGCACAGCCGCCAACGCGGCUCCAGUCGCAGCCUCAGUCCCGCCGCGGCACGGCAGAGUCGGUCCAGGAGGUUCAGGCCAUUGGGGAUUUCCUGGCGGCGCUCAAGGAGCCAAUGAUGCAAGUUGUGGGCGUACUGACACAGCCGGGUGGCGGCGCAGCCGGUGGCACCCGGGUCUAUCCACGAAAUAGCGUUGUGAUUGAAGAGGUUACGGAUGAGAAGUCGCCGUCGCAGCUACAGCUGCGACCCGAGAGGCCCAGCCGCGUCCCGGGCUUUGCGGCCACCACCUCGGCAAAUCACUUGAUGCUGGAGGCUGAGCACGAAGGGGGGUUUAACCGAAUCAGCAGCGGUAGCGGCCUUGCGCACCGAAGCAGCCCUCGGGUCGCUUCUGAGGCGGACAUGUCUCGUGUGCGCCAAAUGGCGCAGGAGCGCUCAGCCGUGGCCCUGCCACACCUUUCGCAGGCUCGGCAGCAUCAGCACAUCUCACGCAGCGCCUCCACGACGCCUGUGCCGCGCGACGUGGCUCUGCGGCCGAGCGCUUCGGUCAACGUUACCGAACGUCCGCCGGCGGCAGCACCAGCAGCCUCUCCAGCGUCCCAGCAAUAUCCGGAGACACAGGUGCACGUGCAGGCGGUGCCCAGCGGCGCUUCACGCCUUAAGAUGUCAUCGGCGCCGGGAACUGCCCCGCUUGCAACGGAGGACCGACCCUUAUCGAGCUUCGUCUCGCCCUCGGAGGGUGGUGCGGCGCCCUCGCAUUCACGCCGGCGCACACACAGUCCGGGCCCUCUGGCACGGCAGGCAGCGCUGCGGGCUGAGGCGUCCAGGGAUUCCAUUCUGUCAGCGCCAGGCAUCCGGACGUCACGCUCUGUGGAUGUCAUGGCGAUUUCGCCUCCAGGAACCAGCCUUGACGAGUUGGAGUCGUUCCUACGCGCAUUCAGGACACGCAUCGGUACGGAUGAGGCCGGCAACGAGCCGGCGUUGGUUUCUGUGCAGCACGCGGUCGCACGCACUGGCUCUGCCGCUACAGAAGCCACUGCCGAGGGGGCGGUGGUGCCUCAUCGAAACCCUUUUGAGCGCCACCUAAUUCCGGAGCUCGCUGCCGGACAUAUUGCUGAGGUUCAGGACGUGCGCCGUGACUCCAGUUUGUCAGAGUCUGUGUCCGUCACCACAGCACGGCGCGUCAUAAGCGGCUUCAACGUUUUCACCAUCCGCGCGUCAGGCGCAUCGGCGCUGGCUGCUGCUGCCGCCGUUGAGGAGACUUUCUCUCCUCGGCGAGAACGGGAACUUGCGGCGGCUGCGGCUGCUGCAGCAAGCACUGCAGGCUUUUUGGGGUCUGGUGCUGGGGCGGCGCAACAAGAGCAAAUGCGGCCCCUGCAGGAUCGCUCGGCCUUCGUUGGCGACAGCCCCAGUGCCGUGGUGCGCACAUCCGAGGACGCAGCUAGCAGGCUGUCGGGCCCCACGGACGCCUCUCACGGUAGCUCGUCGACGACCCCGACCAACCCUCUGCUGCGCGAGCACUUGGAACAUUUCCAGGCCCUCUUGGAGAAGGCCAAUGACCUGGUGGACCGGCUUAUGCUGGCGGACGAGGACCUCGUCUCAGAGGGCGGUGCAACCGAAGUCGCAACGACGCCCUUGGUCAGCAACACCUCCACCAGCUCAGCACGGCGCCAGCUCAACUACCGUCUCGCGCAACAGCGUUCGGGAAGCGAGGCGGUGACACCUCAGCGCCGGGCGACUACACCGUCGGUGAGAGCUCUAACACCAAACACGCCAGCUGAUACUGAAACCGUCUCCGUGUUUGCGAUGCCGACGGCAUUGCCUACGGCGCCUACCCUCGACCCCGAGUUGGCGGCGCUGUUUCCCGCCACCGCGGCGCGCCUUGCGCGCCCGCAUGCCCGUGUCGAGCAGUCGCCGGAUGCAGUGAACUCUCUGCUCAGCUCGGCGGUGACGGCUGUGCCGCAGCUGGCCAAGGGUGCAGAUCACAUCCGUAGCAAGGGCCCCAGUCCGCCCCCGGAUUCACCUGUGGGCUCAACAGCCGGCGUACCUGUCGCGCCAAACCAACCAGGCAUUCGUGGUUCGGUGCCGGUGCUGCCAACUCCUACCCAGUCUGCGGCGUUGGCCACACCGCUUGCGCUCGUUGCAUCGCUGCUGGCGGAGGCGCACUCGCGGAUGGAGUUUCAGAGCUUGGAGGAGCAGCGUGGGGCAGACCGCAUCUUGAGCGCCGUCCUGGACGAGCACUUUGCGCACGUACUUGGGACCCCGCGUGGCUUCCUGACGCCGCCGCGCGGUUCUCGUAUAGCAACAUCAGCUGGGGCGGCACCGACAGCGGCAGGUGUCGAGGCAAUUACAUCGACAGCGGCCCCAACGCAGCUCCAAGACACGCUGCAGCACCAGCUGCCUUCAACCGGCAAAGCGAGCAUGAGCGGCGCUUUCAGCCGGACGUUUGCUGCCACUGCCGAGACAGCGGCUGCGGAGGUUGCCAAUGUGCAUAACCAACGGCCCGCCCCUGCAACCAAAGCACCGCAACCUGUGGCGCAGAAGCAGGCUGUGCUCAAGUCGGAAGAUCUUCAUACAGUGUCUGAGCGUUCACGCCAGGUAUCUUCACAGAGUCUACCGUGCACAGCGGGCGAAGUCGCACAGCGGCAACUGCAGGAGCCGUCAUCUCAAGAGCGGCACGAGAAGAUGAAUCUGUUUCUGUCACAGGUCAUGCAGCAGCGUGCCAAUAUCCUGACCUCAGCCCUCGAUCAUGUGCAUCGUGUGACGGGGCCGCCUCCAUCAACUGCCGGGCCACCGGCAGCGCUUCUUCUGGGAGCGCAAGCAGCCGGGAUGGCUGCAGAAGCCACGAGGUCCGUCGACCUGUCAGAGCCCUUCUUGACGCCGCUGCCGCCAGCCGACGGCGCUGCCCUCACUGGCGGCGCCUCAGGCACUUGCCUAGACACGCACCUGCCAAGCUCCUCAAUUCCGGGCGCCUCUGCCGGCCUUCCGAUCAUGCCGCAGCCGCUGAUGCCUUACCAGGAGCUUGACAGCGAGAGCACGCCCACGUCGUUCACUGCGAGCGUCGCCUGCAGCGGGGUGCAUCCAGAGUCGUCGUCCAACUGGGUCCACGGCACCACGAAUGCCUUCCUGGUAGACUCAGCCUCUCUGCCAUGCCGGGUAUCGUCUGUGGUGGCGGCAAGUGACGCUGGGACGACCCGAUCCUCCGGUAGUGUCCUGGAGGCGCAGGGCGGCACAUCUGACAUCGCUGUCCUGCCGGGGCCACAUACUAUCACCACCAGCACGGUGCCAGAACCUUCAGCGGCCGCGGAAGUACGCGGUGGGUAUGAUCUAUCACACCUCAUCGACGACGAUGACGGCAUACUGUCGGGCGGCCCCAGCACGCUGGCUGUCGCUCCGCACCUCGCGGCGGAAUACGAUGGGCAUAGCGGAAGCAGUGGCAGUGGCGGCGGUGGCGCAAGCACGUUGAAAACCAGCAGCUCCCUGGCUGGCAGCCACGACCACGCACCGGCUGUUCGGGCGGCACCACACGAGACUUCGCUGCGGUAUAAUCCCGUGUACGAUCCGGCAGGCCCUUCGCUGGGUGGUUCCUCAACGGGGACAGCAUUUGGUGCGGCGGCGGCGGCGGCCGUCGUUGGCGACCUUAGCAGCAGCUUCAGCGACGGCGGCGGCUUUGCGGCGGCGACGAACGCCAUGACCACGCUGCACCAUGAGACUGCCUACACACCGCUGGCGGUUGCCGCCGGCGACGCCUCAGAGGGCGGCGCUGCCGGCCUCGAGUCGACUCUCCAUUCGCGCCUGCGCAGUGCUGGUGGUACCUCAACGGCGGUACUUGUUCCGAAUCCGAUGUACGAUUUUCCGACAGAGAUGGAUCGCAGUUCACAGGCCCCGGUUUCGGUCAUGGCCGCGGCCGUGAAGGCCAAAGCGGCGCUCACGUCGGACGGCGGGCUGACAGAUGUGACAAUGUCCCUUGACUUUGAGGAAAUUAGUCGCGAGGCGGCGGCUGUGGUGGACACGCUCUCUGCGCACUCUUCAGUUGAGACCGCUUACUCGAUGAGUGCUGCUGCCGCCACCGGCACCACACGGGCGGUCCCUGAGCAGUCGGACGCCAACACCCCAGCUCCGGCUAAUGCUGUGGCAGUGGUCCCGGGCCCCCAGGCGGCAUCUACAGAUAGCAACGUGGCCGCUGCAGCACAGCCGGCUCUGACGUCGCCCGUUGCAAUUACGCCGGGUCAAAAGAGGCACAUGGGCGACAUGGUGGCUGCAGCGGUGCGCCGCUUUGAGGCAGGCAUGGCGUCAGUCCCGUCGGGGACUUACGAACCUUCUGCAAUUACCGUCACCACCACCGCCGACAGCGCUACAGCAUCCGCAGAGCUGCCAUCCGUGAAUGCCAUUGAGCUAAUACCCUCCGGUUCACACAGCAUGAGCGCCGGGCCUUCAGGCGACUGGCAGUCCAUCGCGCUGUCUACGGGGAGUGCAGCUGUGCUUGCUGCGCGCCGGGGAACGGGUGCUGGGGUGUCUGUCACGCUCAGUGCCGCGGUGGCAUCGGUGCCGAUCUCUCUGAAUUCGGGAGGUUCGUUGCUGUCGCUUUGCUCAAGCGCUGUGGUCCCAGCGCAGGAGGUCGGCUCGACCGUCCACACUCGGGAGUGGGUCCCUGUGGGCAUGUCACAGGAGAUUGCGGAACCGGUCCUGGAGAAGCCGUUGAAGAAGGAGCUGGUGGGCAUGGCAGAAAACGAAGAUCUGCUGGUAGCUGGAGCGCCAGGAUGCGAGCUACUACAGGAGCAGCGGGAACAGUCAGCUGCCGCAGGACCCGAACCUCCGGAAAGUCUAGCCACAUUCAAGUCGCGGCCGGGCAACAGCGGCCAUGGCAAAGUGGCUGCGACGGCAAUUGAUGACAAGCCGGAAAACAAACUCCUUGCAAUGGCCCAAUACAAGUCGCCAACCUAA